GUGGGAGUGGUGGAGAGAGGGAGCCGGACUGCUGCUGCUCCCUUUAACCAGAAACAAGGAGGGGCAGACUGCGAUCAAGUUACGCAAGGGACAAAAUCACGGAGCAUGGCUGCAGUGCCGAGAAGUGAUUUUGGUGUCCACUGUGGCUGCACGGCUGUACACUUUCUGAUGGUUAAUAUACAUAUAUUUUAUUUUAAGAGCCCACUCAGACAUAGUGACUUUAGAAAUAUGCAAAGUAAAGGUAAGUAAACAAUUACAGGAGUAAAUAUAUUACCAGAAAAAUUUAUCGUAACAGGUCAUGAUAUUAAAACCGAGGGAGGAAAAUGCAGGGGGAGGAAGAACCACUAUUUAUAUUUUGACAAUUUGACUGUAAUAGCACAGCCGUAAAUAAUAAUGAAUGAUGGCUGCAAUCCUUUUAGCUGCUUCGGUUCCAGGGUAACAGGCUGGCUCACUGCCACUGUCAUGACUUACUGAGAAGAACUGAACCAUCAGUAAUGUUACUACUAAAAACCUAUGCUAGGUCUACAGUAUUAAUAUAUAUAUGUAUAUUAUUUUCUACCUGGUUAGGAUUUGCUCUCCACACCAUUGUUCUCAUUAAAGCACACAGGGAGGCGUAAAAUCAAAUUUGUUGCGUGUGCAAUAUCCCUGCUCAAUUUAAUAUAAUUUAAUUAUUUUUUAUUUAAGCAUCUUGCACAUUUUCACAUUGUUGUUUUAUUAGGAUUUACUGAAUGUUGUAUGUACAGGAAUAAUAAUAAUGUGUUUUUUGUUUUGGUUUUGUCUGUACUUUGCCUGUGCCUGCAAAUCAAGUUUCCCAUCUCGGAUAAUAAAAUGACCUAACUGAACUAAACAGGGAGAAAAGUAGAGCAAAAUAUAUAGUUGUAUCUUAAUGUCUUCCUCUGUGCCUGAAAACAUUUAUUUUAAAAACAUAUAUCUCCAACAGUUAGUCAUUACAGUAACAUCUGUGAGCUGCUCUUUGAGUCUGGCAGUUUCGCUUUGUUUGUCCCUCCUCGCUUCCUGUAGUACUGGCCACGGGUUGCCUGGAGACGGCGGAAACGUUCGGGAGCAGCGAUGGAGAAGUAUGAGAAAAUCAAAGUUGUCGGAAGAGGAGCUUUCGGGAUCGUUCACUUGUGCCGCAGGCGCAGCGACGGGGCCUUCGUCAUCCUGAAGGAAAUCCCAGUGGAGCAGAUGUCACGAGACGAACGCCUGGCAGCUCAGAACGAGUGUCAGGUCCUGAAACUGCUCAACCAUCCAAAUAUUAUAGAGUACUACGAGAACUUCCUGGAAGACAAGGCUCUCAUGAUAGCUAUGGAGUACGCACCAGGUGGAACCCUGGCUGAUUACAUACAGAAGCGCUGUAACUCUCUGCUGGACGAGGACACCAUCCUUCACUUCUUUGUACAGAUCCUACUCGCCCUGUACCACGUCCACAACAAACUUAUUUUACACAGAGAUCUUAAGACACAGAAUAUUCUUCUUGACAAACACCAGAUGAUUGUUAAAAUUGGUGAUUUUGGCAUCUCCAAAAUCCUUGUCAGCAAGAGCAAAGCUUACACUGUGGUCGGGACCCCAUGCUACAUCUCCCCAGAGCUGUGUGAGGGAAAGCCGUAUAACCAGAAGAGUGACAUCUGGGCUCUGGGCUGUGUGCUCUAUGAACUGGCCAGCCUUAAGAGGGCCUUCGAGGCAGCUAAUCUACCCGCCCUCGUUCUUAAGAUCAUGAGUGGGACAUUUGCUCCAAUUUCAGACCGGUACAGCCCCGAGCUCCGACAUCUCAUCCUCAACAUGCUCAAUCUGGAUCCAUCCAAACGGCCUCAACUCAAUGAAAUAAUGGCUCUUCCCAUAUGCAUCAGGCCCCUGCUUAACCUCUACACGGAUAUAGGCAAUGUCAAAAUGCGCAGGAUUGAGAAACCACUGUCUACUGUGCAAACCGGUUCUCAAGGUAGACCUGGAGGGAGAGUUCCUACCAACAGGUCUAGAGAUGGAUCAGUUGGUUUAGGAUCAGGGAAGGUGCAUUCCCUCCCGCUGUCCUCUGUGUAUACGUGGGGAAGUGGAAUCUCAGCUCCUCUCCGCCUGCCGAUGCUCAACACUGAGGUGCUUCAGGUGUCUCUGGGCCGCACUCAGAGGAUGGGGGUGACUAAGUCAGGCCGUCUGAUUACAUGGGAGGCUCCAUCAGUGGGAUCAGGUGAGGCCAGUCUGCCCGGUGUGGUGGAGCAGAUGCAGCCUCAGUUCAUUUCACGUUUCCUUGAGGGUCAGUCUGGAGUCACCAUCAAGUCUGUGUCCUGUGGCGAUCUUUUUACCACCUGCAUGACAGACAGGGGCAUUAUCAUGACGUUUGGAAGUGGGAGUAACGGCUGUCUAGGACAUGGCAACUUCAACGAUGUAACACAGCCCAAAAUAGUUGAGGCGCUCCUCGGCUAUGAGCUGGUUCAGGUGUCGUGUGGUGCUUCCCACGUACUCGCUGUGACCAAUGAAAGAGAAGUAUUUGCCUGGGGAAGAGGAGACAAUGGUCGCCUCGGGCUAGGCACCCAAGACACCCACAACUCUCCUCAGCAGGUAUGUUUACCUGUGGAAUUUGAGGCCCAGAGGGUGGUGUGUGGAGUUGACUGCUCGAUGAUUAUCAGCACCCAGCACAGCAUCGUGGCAUGUGGAAGCAACAGGUUCAACAAGCUCGGGCUGGAUAAAAUAGCAAUUGGAGAGGAACCAAAUCCGUCAAAUCAGGUGGAAGAAGUCCAUUCUUACGCUCCGGUCCAAUCAGCCCCGCUCAACAGUGAGAAGAUUGUUUACAUUGAUAUUGGGACAGCCCAUUCUGUUGCUGUUACAGAAAAGGGUCAGUGUUUUACCUUUGGCAGCAACCAGCAUGGCCAGAUGGGCUGUAGUUCACGUCGUAGCAGCCGCGUGCCCUACCCGGUGCCCGGGCUGCAGGGCAUCACCAUGGCUGCUUGUGGAGACGCUUUCACCUUAGCUAUUGGAUCUGAAGGGGAGGCGUACACCUGGGGAAAGGGGGCCCGCGGUCGCCUCGGAAGAAAAGAGGAGGAUUCUGGGAUACCGAAGGCGGUGCAGCUCGACGAAAGUCACCCAUUCGUGGUGACAUCAGUGGCUUGUUGUCAUGGCAACACUCUGCUGGCAGUGAAACCUUUGCUUGAGGAACCUGUCCCGAGAUGAUUUUGUCCUGAAAACGAACCCCCCUCAGCGCUGGCGAUGGAAUGAGGUGAAGGACAGCUUCCUCUGAAUAACUCCUCCCAGAGGCCCAUCUGUGCUGCAGUUGAAAGAUUCCCUUUCAUACUGCAGCUGCGCCCUCAGGCUUUAACUUAGUCUUCCUCUAUCUAGUGUUUUUUUUCCUCCUCCAGGAAUGAAUGUUUGUUUCAUUCGGUGGUUUGAUAUCAUGGAGCAAGGGUCAAAACCUGUGUGUGGCAGCAGGUGUAUGUCACAACAGGUUAGUCUAGGGGAUGUUGCAACACAGUCACUGAAGCUGGAUUACAGGAAGUCAUUAGGCAGCUUUCAUGUGGUGAACUAUUGUCCUCUCUCACAUGCAGGGUUAGCAUGAUAAAGACCAGUAAAAGCCAAACUGGUUUGAGCUCUCUUAAGCCCACUGGUGAAUGACGAUACAAUGCACAUGGAGGAAAAGAAUGAAAGACACUUGAGUGUUAAGUAACUCAUCAGUCAAAUGAACCAAACACAUUAAUCUCUAUCACAUCGUCAGUGGUCACAUUGUGCUUGAUUGGAUUAGUCCUCCAAUACUUUUGUAGCUUGAGAGCAGCUUUCAAACCAGAUAACGAUGUGUUGUUUAGGGUUCAGGUGUUUGUCUAAAUGAGUGUGUCUGAAAUCACACUGCUCCCUAUAUAAUACACACUUAACAUUUUAUAACGAGCAGUGGGGUAAAAAAACUGUUGUGUUUUUGGAAAAUUCUGUGUUAUAACUCACUGUAAAUGUGUAUUAUAUUAGAAAUGAGAUUAUGUAUAAAUAUUGUGUAAACUGUAUUCAUAGGAUGACCUAAGACUGCCGAAACAAAAGCCAAAAUGUGCCUAUCAGUGGUGAAAGAAGGACUCAGGUCUUUUACUUAAGUAAAAGUAUAAAUACCACAGUGUAGGAAGAAAACAAUCCUGCAUUAAAAUUUUUACUUUAAACCUACAAGACGUUUUUAACUGGUUACGAUACAGUCCUAAUUUAAUACUGGCGCCCCAACGUGACCUACAUAAACAAACAAGACCAUCAGCGAGAAAACAGUUUCUCCGCGUAUUCCGCAUGUUUCGUAGUUCCUCCUUCGCGCUUGGAAGUGGAGGGUGAGGUGAGGGAGUUGCUAUCUGCAACUACACAGCUAGAUGACACCAAAUCCUACACACUGGACCUUAAAGUAAAAGUACAAAAAAACCUCCAAAUACACUCAAAUACUAAAAGUAGAAGUACUAGUGCAAAAUGGCCCCUUUCAGAAUAAGAUAUAUUAUAAUAACAGUAUAGUAUAGUAAUAUAAUAUAGUAGUAUAGUAUUUACUAUAGUAAAGCUGGAGCUAAUUUUAAUUGCUUUGUACACUGCAAGGUGCCUUAAUCUAUAAUAAUGCAUUAUAAUUUGAUUGUUGAUUAUAUUCUGUAUUGAUAAUUUAAUUAGAAGCUUAAGGUACCAAAUAAAUGUAGUGGAGUAAAAAGUACAGUAAAUCCCUUUGAAAUGUAGUGGAGUAGAAGUAUAAAGUACCAUGUAAUGAAGUAAAUGUAUAUAGUUACUGCCACUGGUACCAAGGAGUGUACAUCAUUUAUAAGUAUUUUUAUAUUAACUUUUUCUACAAUAUCGUCAUCACCAGUUACCAUGACAUUUUCUGGUGUUAAAGCUUUUAUUGUCAAACCUAAAAGAAGGAAUGAUCUUAACAGGUGUCUGUUGGAUACAUAAAACAUGCAACCUGACUUCUGUGAUAAAUCUUGUGUUUUAUGAGAAGAUGGUUCACUGUAAUGUCUGCAGAAAGAGAGUUAGUCUGUUACCUGCUCUUCUUCAGUGCUGAAAUGUUUGUAUUGGCUGCUGACAGACUGAAAAUGAAACAUCUUUAUCAUGACUGUGUAGGUUGACUUUAAAAUAAAUAGUAGUCAGCAGUUUAAAAUGAACCUGUGGUAUAAAGCUGGAGUUCACAGUGACAGUCUGAUUACCUUUGUGUAAUUCUUCCCCAUUAUUCUCACAUUAAUCACCCACUCACACAUUAAUCUGUGUAAUUGCCACAGAGCUGUCAUUGUUGUUACACCGUAGAUUAAUAUUCAUUUUUCCCUAAUAAGAAAUCACCUAUUUUUCUAAAUGUAAUUACGUGUUUACAGUAUUUUACUCCUUAUUCAAGAUGUGUUCACACCUUUCUCUGAGGACACGGAUCGAUUACCAUUGUUGUCUCGUGUGAUGAUGUAAUGAUGAUGUAAUCCGGUGGCAAUAGAGCAGGUGAAAAAUGAUCCAUACAUGUGUCUGUAUGUAGUAUUUCUACUUCCAUUAAACGAUGCAGACCCGCAGUUUGUUUGUCUGUUUAAUGAGUGUA